GAAUGCUGGUGCCAUGGAGAAAAAAUGGCGUCAGAUUGGAAAACAUGAAGAAAGACACGACGACAUUUAUUCCCGAAACUCACAGUUUCCGCUCUCAACUACAGCAUGGAACUAGGAUGAGCUCAUAAUUGCUUACAGCUAUGGAUUCUAGCAGUGAUAGUGAAACUGAAGUGCUUAUUACAACAGAAAACGGGACCGGCCGACAAGUCCUAGUUUCAUCUGGUCUGAAGCCUGUUUUGGACGGAAUUUUUGCUGAAGUUAAUGCGAAUAUACCUCAACUUGACUUUGAUAGUGCCUCAGAGGCAAGUAGUGACAGUGAAGAGCCACAGAUAUUCAGCCGAACUGGUGUGCUUACGCCCAUAUCAUCUCUAGCAACAGAGUCUGUUGACAAGGAUGAUUCUCCUGGCACUAUAGAUGACAAGAUUUUUGACAAUGCUGUUAAUGCAGAGAUGACUGUCAAGGACUACAGGUCCCCUGAUAGUGGAUUGUCGGCAGUGGGUAGCAUAGGACACAAAAGUUCAUACUCAGACACAUCUCAGAUAAGCUUUGAAGAUGAUACGCCAGUGACAGAAGAAGAUUUUGUCAUAUUGGAAAAAAAGUGCCAAUCCAAAAUCACAGAGUCUGCUUCAGAUACCAAUUCCCCUGUGAUAACUGAAGACUGUGCUACCAUUAGCAGGUCCACAGGGGACCCAUUAGACCCACCUGUACAUUUACUGUCCCAACUGGAAGACAUAAACUUUGAUGCAGUCCUAAGAAGGUUGAAUGAAGUUUCAGUAUCCCCACAGACAGACCUUUUUGAACUGAACAACAACAAUGUAGACUCAGGGGCCGAGUCUGACACUAGUAACAGCAGUGAUGAACUCAUGCAGCAGCUAGUUACUCUGAGUGAGAAGCAAUCAGAGGAAGCAGUGGCUAUCCCAGACAGCCCCAUCAUUCCAACACCUAGACAAUCCGGUGUGAUGCAGGACUCUAGUGUUGGGACAGAGCCCCUGUCUUCUCAAUCCAGUUUGUUAAGUAACGAGAGGGGCAUAAUGGCAAUGCUGGGGACCGCCUCUAUUGGAGUGAGUCUUCCAAGUACCCUGAAUGAGAGAAGUGACACAAGGCGGCUUGACUUGCGUGCUGAUCAAUAUGGUGACAGGAGUCCAGAAAAGGUCAGAGGAUCACCCCCUUUGUUCUAUAAAUCUAUGCAGAAAGUUCUUGCCAAUGACGUGGAUAGCUCCUCAUCAAGUGGCUCAGAAGAUGAGGACAUGGCAUCUUGGCAUGAGCAGCGGAGAAAGUUUAAAGCAGGGCUUCUAGAACCCAAGGUAUUGCAAGGCAGACAGAAGAUGGAAUCCCCACGUACUGCACAGCCUCUGCAGGUUAUCAGACAUACAAAAACCUCCCCAGAUAAACAAAAGCAUGGCACAAAUACGGCGACAUGUGUCAAUGGAGAUAUACACCAAUCCAGCCACGCCCCUUCAGUUAACAAUAAACAUCGCAGACCAAAGCCUGAUUUUUUGGAAGAACAAUCAACUUUGGUUAAAGAACAGUCUGACAAAGUGGAGGACAAUAUGACUAUAAAAAAACAAAAGACUAAAAAAGAUGUUACUGAAGAUGUUGAAAUGCAAAGUGUUGACAAUUUUGGGAAAGUUUCGGAACUGGUAGAAAAACCUAAAGCUCUAUCUAACACAAGUGAUAGGAAACCAGUAGUGAAGAAUGCUUGGGGUGUAGAAACUAAGGAAGGUGAUAUUAUUCAAAACAAUGUCAAUGAGGAACAAAAAAAGAUGAUUUUGAAUGAAGAAAAAGAAUCCAAGUGUAGUAAACAAACAGUGACCAAGAGCAUUGGUGUGAAUGCAGAACCUGUUAUUGCAUCUCUUGUGAACGGAGCUGUGAUAGAGGGUGCUUUUAGUAGUGUAAGUCGUGAGGACAGGGCGGAACUCAAGGAGAGGGUUGAUGAUCAACAUAGGGAGGAGGCGGCCAAGAAGCAUGCAGAGCAGCUUCAGCAUGAGGAGCUGAAGGAGAAGAAGAUGCGCAUGAAAGGAAUGCUGGAGAGGGUGCAGCAGCAACGGGACGCUAGGGGAGCAGGGGGGCUUGGCAAUGUUAGUGCCCCCUCAACCCCUGUCUUGUUUGAUAUGGAAGCAUCUUACGAGUAUUGUCCAGCAACACUACCAGAGCUCUCCUCCUCCAAGUCCUAUCUUCUCCUCACGGCUACACUCUCAUCCCCAUGCAAGCUGGUAAUAAGUGGCAGCAAGGGGGGCAGUAAAACCAACACAGACAGCACUACCUACACUGCCCUGCUUACUUGGCUUCUCUCACUUGUACCCGUACCUGACAACCUCAACUGCAGUGACCUUGCCCAGUGGGAAAACAUACCCUUCCAUGUAAUCGGCCUUCAACAGACAUGGCAUGAAGGGCAGCUCUCACUGAUAGUAGGCAUCCGCAACCGGGUAGAUGUCCGUAAGCAAGGGAAAGGCAACUCCUUCUUGGCAACUGUCAACAAGUUCCUCCGUACCAAGACCCUUUCUGAUGUCCUCCCACAGAUAACACAGUACACCAAUGCCUUGAUGAUGCUACCAUUCAGCCAGCGCAAUCUCUCCUGCAUGCUGAUGGCUAACCCUGAUCCAGAGGCGAUGGCAAGGGUAUUCAAGGCUGAGCCGGGUUUCUUUUGGCACACUCACAAGGGUGAGGUGUGGGCGGAUGAUGGUAGCCUGCCUGUGUUGCCAUACAAGGGUCCGGAGUGUGAGAACACCAUGAUGCUAGCCCAGUACAUGGUACUGCAUGAGCCGGUGUGCAUGAUGGAUGUGCUCAGUAGGGUGUGGCGUGAGGGGCUGGAUCUUGCUGGCUUGCGGCUGCUUUAUGUAGACACCCCAACCCACUCUAGCGGUCUAGACUCCUCCUGUUGCGGGUUUCUACCUCACACCAACUCCCCCGUCAUCGCACUUGCCAUGCGCGGCCCAUGUGCCGUCAUGCGAUGGGUAGAUGUGGUGGGUCCGGCAGACACGAACCUCGCCCGCCUUACAGACCCUCGCUCUCUUCGCGCACUCUACAGUCACGAGCACAACGACUCACGCGACGAUCCUCUCUUCUACUGUCCACGCAACUCUACCCGCGCGUCAGUAGAACUGGCGCGAUGGUUUGGCGGUCGCGUAUCUUCUAACAACACUGUCAACUUCGGGUGCGACAUGGGGGAAGAGUUUCGAGCCAAGUCUGGAGGAAAUCGUCAGUGUGACGUGCCCACGGGCGCACUCAACACUGCACUACCCACCCCUCCCUCCACGCUAACAGCCUGUACCCCCACGUCCAUCAUCCUAGUGCUGUCCCCACUGGUACCAGCGCGAUUCUUGGGAGAGGUACUAUUGUAUUGUCACGAUCGCGGCUUUUCUCUGUUGGGCAUCAGGCGCGCCAGACUGCACCCCCAGCGACUCAAGGAGGGUAACAGGGAUGUGCUGGGUUUGACUCCAUCCCAGGUGGCCGUGUUCUGCCCCAUGAAUGCCCAGAUGCAAGGGAAUGCUGAGGAGGCCGAGGGCGUGAUAGGCUCGGCCUGUACCGUCAUGUGCCUGCGCAGGGAGAAUGCUCUUCAUCACAUCCAAGCUCUGAGCUACCUCAUCACGGAUCAGCUCCUGCGCGCACGUCACCUUCCGCGGGACGUGGCCACGAAGGGCAUCCUGGCUGCCGCUCAGCUUUGCUUCACCUCUAUCCCCUACACGGAUCACAUCACGGGGGUACUUGGGCACAAGCUGGACCAGCUCCCGCACGGCGGACUCUACACCGCUGCCUUUCUGAGCCACUCGUUCUACUCCAACCCUGAGCUCGAGCAAGUCUGUGUUGUCACGCUACUACGAGACAAGGUAACGCAAGACGCCCAUGACAUCCUGCGCUACCUGCUCCAGCACUCUCAUCCCGAGCACAACACAGCAGAAGUGUACUGCGGCUUAGAGCUCUUGGGCAUCAAGCUCAUCACCUCCAUGUCCCUACAUCAGGCCAAGGAAUUCUCCCCAUACGAGAUCGGCGACAAGCUAUGGCAGAGCAGUCUUAAGCCGCUCACGUCAGGGCCCGCGCUGAUCUGCGCCCUCAGAGGCAUCAACGCCUUCUCACGCUUACGAGCCUUCAUACAUAGCUAUGUUGGCUGCUCACCUAAAAAGAAGCCGAUUCGCAGCUCUGAGGAGUCCUGCCCUGAUCUCUUCAUGUCGCCAACUCCUGAGAUAGCGUAUCGCCAGCUGACUGCAAUCUUCUACGAACAAGAGCUCCAUGCAGACCACGCGGCACGGGUUAACCUCCACCUGCUUCCUCCCCCACGCCGACAUGGAGGCGUAGCCAAAGGGGAGACCCCAGACGCCUCAAGGCAGAGGGGCAAGAAGUGGACACGCCCUGUCAACAGGGGUGGCAGUGACCAGGUAGAGACUCUAUCGCCAAAUGAUGUUCACAUUACCUCAAGCCUGCUGGCCGGGCCAUGCCCAAUUGUGACGCUGUGCGUCGUGAAGCCAGAUGCCGUACCGCGCCACGUGGGUAAGGUACUGCGGAGGCUGGUGCGGGAGGGAUUUAGAAUCGUGCAGGCAAGAAUGAUGUGUUUGAGUAACACGGAGGCAGCGCUGAUCGCCUGUAGAGACGCGGACUUCAGAAGAGAAGACAAGGACUCCCAUGUUAGUCACCUGACCUCGGGUCCAGUCCUCGCGCUCAGCUUGCUACGUGAAAAUGCGGUGGGCAAGCUUCUGGAGGUGGUCGGACCGUCCUGCCCCCAGGUGGCUCAUAAAGAGUCGCAGUUCUACUUGAGGGGCUCAUACGGCACGGACCGGAUACGGAACGCGAUUUACGCCUCCCCUUCCUACAGUGCAAGCGUCAGGGACCAUAUGUUGUUGUUCCAUGAUGGGCUCUGCUGUUCUCCUACCAUCGACCUUAUCGCGGAAGAGAUUCCCUGUUUGACACGUGAUUCCAUAUUUGACCCGGACACCAAGCGCUCCCUGGCAGCUGUCCCAGUCAACUCCAUGCCCUCAUCUGACUCCGACAACCCACUUCACCUUCCUGCCUCCCUCUUGGAGAUCAACUGCGUCCUGCUGCACCCCAGUCUGCUGUUCUCCCCUCCUAGCAGUGGCGGCAGCAGAAACCAGCCAGGGUACCCUGAUGUCGUUGAUGGCCUGUUGGCCACCGGACUGCAGCCUGUUGGAAUGCGCAUGCUGCGGCUUGACGAGACGCAAUCAGCACAGUGUACACGACUAUAUAGUGAGAGUCUGAAUGCUGAUGUCAAACCAUACCAGCUGGCCUACCAGUUGCAGCAGGGUCCAUGUCUCGUGAUGGCUGUGCUAAGAGAUGGCGCCGUCACAUCGUUUGACACCUUACUCGGCAGUCCUAUGAAGAACAACUCGCUCUUCACCAGGUUCGGCAUGCAUAUCUUCGCUGCGAGAACCACUGCACAGGCGCGGCGGCUGUUGGUGUGCUUCUUCGACCAGCUGAUGCCCAACAGAAAGGCGCGUAUUGAGACUAGCUAAUGAGGUGUCACAUGUCCUCAUGAGGCCGCAGUUUAGUGACGUCAUAGCAUCGUGACAAUGUACUGCGCCGUCACUUCCCACGGAAGUUCGAUCGAUAAUCUAUCUUACCUACCUUACAUCAUACGUGUUACGCGGCGAGCGUCUGCAAUCAGAAUAACAUUACAAAAACACCACGCUGUCAACGCAUACGGGAGUUUGGGAGAGAUGUGAGAUGAGAGUUUAAUACCCCCUUAAAGUCCAUAUCACCUUUCAUUCCAAGUGUUCUGACAAAACAACAAGAACAAAAACAAUUUUCUGCAAAGCCUUAAAGAUUCUAAGGGUUAUAUAAACAAACAAACUCUAAAACAUAAUACACAAUAUUUUUUUUUGUAAGAAGGAUUUUUUAAAUUGCGUCUCCGUGGGAGAAAAUUCGAAAAUUGACAGUCUACUUUAUAAAUAUGUCAUUUAUAAACGACAAUCACAUCGCAGUAACUUAUUGGUUUUGAAUCUUAGCUACAGUUUGUUUUCCAGGCAAUGACCAACUCCUUAGAUGUAAUGUGUUCGCAUGCUACUUCGUGUGUGCUUAUUUGUCUGUUGAUCCGUGUUACUGUCAAAUUUCUCCACUUCAUAUAAUGAGGGUGGGAGUAUGGGGGGGGGGGGGGGGGGGGUGCGUGCUUGCGUGGCCGGUCUAGCGUGGUGUUACACGGUACAAUUCACAAAUGUUAUCGAUUUAUAUUUGUAAGGCAUUUUUUUGCAAUGCAUUUAGCAGUACAUCUUUUUGCGAUGCAUCUUUAUGCAUCGUGCAUCGUGUAUUGGUUGUGAGUUGGGCCGGGUUGACAGAAUAUAGGCACUGUGAUGUGCAUCUCAGAAAACCUGACGAGUUUGCUUCCCCGGCAGCAUCAAGUGGCACCCUCUUAAGAUUAAGCGACAUUUCCCUCGAACUUUCGCUCUAUCCAAGAUAGCGCCCGCGAAAGCGAACAGGUGCCCUGGGUGCCGGAGGCUCCAGACUUCUCUCGUCAAUUGACAAGCGAGCUUCGCUCGUCCGACAUUUUGGCUGAGCGUCACUGACCGAGAUAAGUUUAGAGGAUCUGGUACCCAGGUUAGUGAACUGGUCGAGUUUUCUCUGAUAAAAAACACACGCAAACAUUUACGUCAGGUUACGACAAUUGUUUCUAGCGACCAAAAAUGACUCCGGUUCAAUGCAGCCCUGGUAGCAGAGGGUUCAUGGUCUUGCGCGCGCUACCGGAGGCUUACAAGGGUCUCUUCACCGGAAUGGACAAAACUCUGUUAGCUUAGGUAGCAAGCGCAAAGGAAGAGAGGGGUCUUCCUCGGGUCUCUUCACCGGAAUGGACAAAACCUCUGUUAGCUUAGGUAGCAAGCACAAAGGGAGGGAGGGGUCUUCCUCGGUUCGCUCGAUUUUAAUUUGCUCCUCCCUUCCUUUGCGCUUGUCACAUGGGCUAAACCCACGAUCUAGUGUUCAUGAGUCUUUUGUUUCUGAAAAGCUGCCCACUUCUCGGCAGAAGUCGUGUGUUGCGCGACACUUUCUAUUGUCUUCAAAAUUAUUUAAAUUAAUUUUAUAAAAAAAAAAUGAAAUUAUUAUUGAGUGAAAGGUUUCUUUGGAAGUUGUGGAAACUUUGUAAUAAAAUGUAAAACCUUUGAA